CAUAUUUCGAAAAAAGUUUUUUUCAAGCUUUUUUGAAUUAUUUUUAAAAGCUCUUUUAGAGUGCAAUCAUUAAGCAUUGAGUGAAGGUCGUUAAAAAUGCUGAGGACAAUUUUAUCAAGAUUCCAAGUUAAUUCAAGUAAUUUAAGACGUGACAUCUGUACAGAGCAACAAAAGGAUGAUCAAAGAUCAGUUCCAGAAAAGAAAGUUGUAGAAAAAGAAGAUCAAAUUUCAGAAAGUCAUGAACAGCAUAAAGUACCUGACACGACAGAAUUUCUUGGAAAAAUUGUUUAUGCUGAAAUAUGUAAUUCAGAUAAAAACCAGAUUUUUACUGUAUCUUCAAAUGACAUUGAGUAUGAUGUAUUUCUGAAAGACAUUAACUGGUAUGCUCUUGUUGGUGAUAAUGUUAAAUGUUCAGCAAUUGUUAAAAUUAAUAAAGAAGAUGGAAAUGAGCUGGAAGUUCUCAGAAUGGUCCCUAGAAAAAAAUCCAUCGAAUAUGCAAGAGUUACAGCAAUUAAUGAUAAUCAUGCAAUUUUUGACAAUCGAAUCAUCCUUUACAAUAACACAGUUAAAGACUCAAGACUCAAAUUGUUUGCUGAAUACAAAAUAGAAAUGAUUGAAAGUGACCAAAAGGGAUGCUACAGCUAUCGAGUUAUUUCAAUCCUCGAAAGAAUGGACAGUAACAUUAUUGGAACUGGAAUUGUCUUUGAAAACUCACCAUUUAAGAUUUAUUUAAAUCUAGAUGAGAAGAAGGAAAUUGGCAUGAAGCAUAUAAAAAUAUUCAAUAGAUCUGACAAGUCAGCAAACAUUAAGAGAAUUGAAAUCGUACCGUUUCUGCCUGAAAACUCUGAUAUAAUAAGUUAUAAGAAAAGUAACAUGAAUUUCUCAUUAAACCCAAAAAUUGGUCAGUUCAAGGUCUUUUUCAAAAUCCAGCCGAUGAAAAUUGGAAAAUUUUACUUCAACUUAGUCGUUCUUUUUAGCAAUUUUGAGGAAAAAUAUGAAUUUUCAGUUGAAAUUUUUAAAGCAUACAUGCUUCCCGGUGAAAAACUUUUCAGAUCACCAAGAUUUAUUGAUGUGCCAAUAUCAGAACAUGCAAUUCCCAAUGACAUAAAGGAAAUUGAUUACAGCAAUUAUAAAGAAGCUAAACAAACAUUGGAGAAUUUAUAUCCAUCGCUUAAAGAAAGCUUGACACCAAUGAAUUAUCUAGAAAGAAUGAAGCUUGGAAUAUUUUUAGAUGAACUGGCGAUGAAAAAUUCAUUUGCAAAUUAUCACAUUGAACGUGCUGUUUUUGAGGUUAAAGGAGAAUAUCUAAAGUUGACAGUUAAGGAUGUAGCUGAAAAACGUCCAAGUAUUAUUGUUGGUGAUAAAGUUAUAGCCACAGAUCCAACAAAGUGUAAUAAUGAUGAAAAUCCAAUUUAUGAAGGCUACAUCCAUAAAGUUGGAAACGACUCAAUUUUAUGUAAAUUCCAUUCCGACUUUCAUGAACAUCAUGCUGGAAAGGAUUAUUCAAUAGACUUUAUAUUUAGUAGAUCUCUGUUUCGUAGGCAACAUCAUGCUUUGGAAAAAUUCACAUCCCAUAGCUCUCUUGGCUAUAAUUUUCUUUUUCCUAACAAGAAGAUUGCAAUUAAUACGGUUCAAUUGGAUGCAGAAGUGGAUACAGAAGGAAGUUUAAUAAUUGGAAACAGACAACAAAAUUGGUUUUACAAUGAUCUGAAUAAGUACCAAAAGAGUGCUGUAGUAAAUGUUUUGCGUGGUGAAAAUCGUCCAUUUCCAUACAUCUUUUUCGGAUGUCCUGGCAGUGGAAAGACACAAACAGUAAUUGAAACAAUUCUUCAAAUACAACAGCACGUGAGAUCAUCGAAAAUAAUCAUAGCCACUCCAUCAAACUCGGCUGCAAACUUGAUUCUUGAAAUGCUGAUUAGUUCUGGCGUGCUUGAUGUUAAUAAUCCAAAAUUCUUAAGGAUAGUCAGUAACAAUCAGGUUGAAAAGGAGCUAAUUCCUGAUAAAUUGACGAAAUACUGUGGAACUGUUAGUAUUGCAUCUGAUAAAGGUAGUCAAAAUAGUGACUCACCAUCAAGAAAUAAAAGUGGAAUUCUUCAAAAUUUAACAAGAUCAAAAAUCAAGGAAUAUCAAAUAAUUAUAGCCACUUUGAAUGGAAUUGGAAACUUAAUGCAAAUGUCCUUUGACUCAUACUUUUCACAUGUAAUUAUUGACGAAGCUGGUCAAUCCAUUGAAGCUGAAUCGAUUAUUCCAUUAACAUUAUUGAAUAGCAAGAUCGGACAAUGUAUUUUAUCUGGGGAUCCUAAACAGCUUGGUCCCAUAGCUAUUACUAUUUUUGCCAAAAGCUUCAACUUUAGUGUCUCAAUGAUUGAGCGAUUGUUGCUAACAGAUCAUUACUAUGCAAAAGCUUAUGGACCUGAUAAAAAUGACUACGAUUCAAAAUUUGUCACAAAAUUGAUAAUUAAUUAUCGGUCGCAUCCAUCCGUUUUGAAGGUCUACAAUGACAUUUUUUAUGAUGGCGAGCUUGAAGGUGCUGUAAAUGGCACAGACAGUAUAGAAACAUUGUUUCUAUCGACUAUGGAAGAUUUACUUUGGAAGAAUGUAAAUACCAAAUGUGGUAUCAUCUUCGUUAACGUUAUUAAUGGGCAGAAUAAGAAAAUUCAGGACAGCUGUUCCUGGUUCAAUGAUGAGGAAAUUAACGGUGUUAUGGCUUUCAUAAAAAAAUGUCAUGCAAAGAAAAUUCCAUUCAAGAAUAUUGGGAUUUUAACACCAUAUUCUUUACAAGUGAAGAAACUUAAAACUCAAAUAUCAGUGCUGAAUGAUUCUGACUUAAAAGUUGGAACUGUUGAAGAAUUUCAAGGACAGGAACGAUUAAUUAUGCUUGUGUCGACAGUUCGUACCGAACAAAAACAAUUAAAGAAAGACAAUCGAUUUGGUUUAGGUUUCCUGCAAUGUCCAAAACGUAUUAAUGUUGCUAUAUCAAGAGCUCGUGCCUUAUUGGUAAUUUUUGGAAAGCAAUCAAUUUUGGAACAGGAUGUGAAUUGGAAGCGAAUUAUUGAUUAUACAAAGGACAAUAAAACUUUUGUGACUGAAAGUUAUUAAUGAUUUUAAAAGCCAUAAGCGAUGAGUUACUCUGUAUUUUGAGAAGCUUGUCAUAUUUUUAUAUUGACGUAAUUUUAUACAUUUAUUCCUGACAAUUUAAUAUAAAAUGCUACUUAAUUUUAUUCAAAAAAGUUUAUGCCUUCUAGUUCUUCCGGUAAAUAAUUGAGUCCACUUUCGUCUUUAUGAAAUGUAUUGUAGCCAUUUCCAUAUCCAAGUGAUUUCAUAAACUUUGUUGGCGCAUUUCUGAGAUGAAUUGGAACCGCAGGCAUUGGACCUUCAGUAUUUUUAAUCUGUUCCUUACAUUUAAGCAUCGCAUGAUAAGAUUCUGUACUUUUUGGUGCGCGUGCUAAGUAAACAGCUAGUUGUGCUAGAAUGCAGUCCGAUUCAGGCAUUCCAAUUUUCUCAACAGCCUGCAUAGUUGAAGUAGCUAAAAUCAAUGCUUGUGGAUCUGCAAGACCUAUAUCUUCAGAAGCAGCUCUUAUUAAACGCCUACAAAUAAAUCUCGGAUCUUCGCCAGCCUCAAUCAUUCUUGUGACCCAAUAAAGACUUGCAUUAUCAUCAGAUGCUCUUAUGGAUUUAUGUAAAGCACUAAUAAUGUCAUAAUGUUGAUCACCAGCUCUAUCGUAAAGUAAAUGAGUUCUUUUAAUAUUGUCUCGGAUAUCCUUUAGUGUUAUCAUUUUGAUGUCAUCAGAUUUUUCAGCACCUGACUGCUUCAUGCACAUUUCAAGACUAUUUAGUGCUAUUCUAGCAUCACCAUCCGAUGUAUCUGCAAUCCAUUUGAGGCAUGUAUCAGUUAUUGUGAUCUUCGGAAUGAUAUCAAGGUUUUGGACAAAAUCAUCAACAUUCUUAUCGACAUUUUCAGGAACUUCUAUAGCAUCAAAAUGUGACAAAGCUCGUCUGAGAAUUUUUACAAUAUCUUCAGAUUUUAAUUUAUCAAGAAUAAUGACUCGACAGCGUGACAACAAGGCAUUAUUAAGUGAAAAUGAUGGAUUCUCGGUUGUGGCUCCUAAUAAAAUGAUGGUUCCGUUCUCAAUAUGUGGUAAGAAUGUAUCUUGUUGUAACUUAUUGAAUCUGUGAAUCUCGUCCAUAAAUAAAAUUGUUUGCUUCUUAAAUGUUUCUCUAUAGCUCUUUGCCUGCUUAAUUGCUUCCUUAACUUCACUCACGUUUGUUGUGCAUGCAGACAUUGAUACAAAUCUAAACAUUUCUUUGUGCUGAUUACAAUGAUUGAAUAUUAUUUUUGCUAAUGUAGUUUUUCCACAUCCUGGAGCGCCGUAGAAUAUACACGAAUUGACAGUAUUGUUCUUUAGUAAGUUUCUGAUGAUUGAAUUCUCUCCGAUUGCUUUAUCCUGUCCAAAAUAAUCAGAAAAGUUUGUUGGACGCAUUAUAUCUGCUAACGGUGCUUCUGGAGCUUUUAAUGCUUUUUGUUUUGUUGAACUUGUUGAUUUAUUUGACAGAUCUAAUGAUUUUCUAGCAGUUUCAUCACUUCCAGUUGACUCGUUGGCUUCAAUUUUAGGUUUUUUGGUGCAAUUAAAGAUUCCAUACGUUUUGUCUGUAUUUGAGCGUUUAUUUGAAGCCGGUGAACUUUGAAACUUUUUUGACUGCUUUUCAAAGCAUUGACUUACGUGCUCUUCUAUUUCAUCUGAUGGAAAUUUCUUCUGACAAAUCGCACACUCAUCACAUUUCUUUAAAUUCGAUUGCAUUCUUACAGAAAACUUAAUUAAAUUUAAUAACAACAAAUUCUUGUUUACAAAAUGAAAAAAGCGCGAAAAUUCAAAAUGUUUGUUUUAAGCUUAUUUUGGGCCUCGACGUUUUUUUGAGGAUUUUUGCUCAACGGAAU